UGGUGAACAUGGCAGAUGCAGAUUAAGGUUCAGGCUGCUGCCUCUUCCUCCUCACUAUACAACUUGUUGGCUGCCCAGCAAUUUCCCGUGGCGCUGGCUGGAGAGGUAGCUGGCCGGGGAAGAGCAGCCGGGUGCGUGGGGUGGGGAAGAGAGGCGCCCUGGGCUGUGUGAUGAUCCGGGUAUGGAGGGCAAGCUGGGGGCAGCAUCUGGGGCCGCUGCUUUGCUGCUGAGCCGCUCCGGGAGCCGCGGGGCGCAGCAGGGGCCAGCUGCCAGGCGACGGGCCAGCCACUGCUGCUGGGCUCGGGGGCGGCGUGUCCCCCUUCCCGGGGCGGCGGCGGCGCUGGGCUGGGUCUGAUCGCUCCUUGCAGUGCCGCUCGCUGCCGCGGCGCUUAUCAGCUCCGGCAGGGGCGGAGGGCGCCCACGGGGGGAAGGGGGCCGCCGAGCCGGCCAGGGGCAGAGAGCAGCAGCCAUGCUGCCCGGGGUGGGGGUGUUCGGCACCAGCCUCACCGCCCGGGUCAUCAUCCCGCUGCUGAAGGACGAGGGCUUCUCGGUCAAAGCGAUUUGGGGCCGGACCCAGGAGGAGGCGGAGGAGCUGGCCAAGGAGAUGAGCGUCCCCUUCUACACCAGCCGGAUAGACGAGGUCUUGCUGCACCAGGACGUGGACCUGGUCUGCAUCAACCUGCCGCCGCCGCUCACCAGGCAGAUCGCGGUCAAAACCCUGGGCAUUGGAAAAAAUGUUAUCUGUGACCGAACAGCAACUCCUCUGGAUGCCUUUAGGAUGAUGUCUGCAGCCCAUUAUUACCCCAAGCUCAUGAGCAUCAUGGGGAACGUUCUCCGCUUCCUGCCUGCCUUUGUGAAGAUGAAGCAGCUGAUUCAGGAGGGCUAUGUGGGGGAGCUGCUGGUGUGCGAGGUGCAGGUGCACAGCGGAAGUCUGCUGGGCAAGAAGUACAACUGGAGCUGUGAUGACCUGAUGGGGGGCGGGGGUUUGCACUCGGUCGGUACCUAUAUUAUCGACCUCUUGACCUUCCUCACCAGCCAAAAGGCUGUGAAAGUGCAUGGGCUGCUCAAGACCUUUGUGAAACAGACCGACCACAUCAAGGGAAUACGUCAGAUCACCAGUGAUGACUUUUGCACAUUUCAAAUGGUUCUGGAAGGAGGGGUGUGCUGCACUGUCACUCUCAACUUCAAUGUCCCUGGGGAAUUCAAACAGGAUAUUAUUAUGGUAGGUUCAACUGGACGACUGAUUGUAAUAGGCACUGAUCUGUAUGGGCAGAGAAACAGCUCUCCUCAAAGAGAGCUCCUUCUAAAGGACUCUAUGCCAGUCAGCAACUCCUUACUGCCUGAGAAGGCCUUCAGUGAUAUCCCAUCCCCAUACCUUCAGGGCACUAUUAAGAUGGUGCAGGCCAUCCGGCAAGCGUUUGAGGACCAGGAUGACAGGAGAACCUGGGAUGGGAGGCCCCUCACCAUGGCUGCGACUUUUGAUGACUGCCUGUAUGCCUUGUGUGUAGUGGACACCAUUAAAAAGUCAAACCAACUAGGGGAAUGGCAGAACAUUGCAAUCAUGACAGAAGAGCCAGAGCUGAGCCCUGCAUACCUGAUCAGUGAAGCCAUGCGUAGGAGCAGAAUGUCUCUGUACUGCUAGCUUCACUCAGCUCUUAGAAAGGAAUGGAAACAACACAGCUGUUAAAGAAUAAUUCAGACAGCAUAAGGAUUUGGACAUAUAAAAGUUUGACAAAUUUGGUGUUUAGACCAACUAAACUAGUUGGUGCCUCUAUAUUAUGGUGAUGGGCGUGUUAGAAAUGCCUAAGCUAGACAGCUGGAAAUGAGAAUUGUUAAAGGGCUGACCUAAAUAACUUGUGCUAACUGUUUAGCAGCAGUAUUAACUGGCUGGAUAGCAAGAUAUCAUGGAAUCAGUCUCCUGCAUGGAAGUGCUUAUCUGAUCCAGUUGUGCUUACUGUGAAAGUUCAGGAAGGUCCUUUUUGACUUACCUGUCCGGCCAGAGGGCUGUGAAGGCUCUGUCAUGUCAGAAAGUCUCCUGUGGCAUCUGACGUGAAGAGUUCCUACCAUGCCAGCUGACAACACCACACUGUACUACUACAUUACUAACCAGUACAUAGAAUAAUAAGACUUGGUGUGACCAAGUGUCAUGUGACCAGGUCACACUUGGCAGCUCAAUUUUCAUAGUUUAUUCUGAGGGUUUUUUUGUUUUGUUUUGUUUUUAACUACAAUUAAGUAGGGGACACUGUGGCUUUUGUAAACAAGUAAGUCUCCAACAGCAGCUCAUAUAACUGGGGGUGGGAAAAGCAUUCUACAAGCUCAUGUUGAGUUUCAAUGUUAGCUGUACAGAUGUGCUCAUAAAGAAGGUUUGUGCAAAACCUUCAUCAGCAAAAUCCAGGCCACGUGACACUCUCCUGAUUUGGGGUUUGUUACACAGCCAAAACUUGGACCAGGUUUACACACUUUUUUCCUGUGAGCCUGGGAUUGAGUUCUGAGUGAACUGGUCUUGAAUUAUGGCAGAGAAUAUACAAAACUAAGUGGGCUUUUACCCAAAGCUAUGUUUUGAGUUUUUGUGUUUUUACAUGCAUGUGAACCUCAACCUAAAAGAAGAAAUCUGCACCAGCCACCAAAUUCCCCGUUGCUCAGCCCAGAAGCUUUCAGCUCCUGAAGAUGGAAGGUCUGAAUGAUAGGCCACAAAGAAUGAGAAAAAUUCUUAUAGAUUUACAGGGGAAAAAAGCAAAAACCUCCUUAACUGCCUAAAGUCAGCAGCCACAGGUACUGUGCUGACUGUUCUGCAGGAACAGACAAAUGGUCUCUGGUUUACUUAUCCCCCUUGUCUUUAAUGUGUUAGGCCCUACUCUUGGAAACAUUUUAUGCGGAUGCUUGUGAAUUGUCCUGGUGAGCUCUGUGGGGCUCCUCUUAUGCAUUAAGCUACUCACAUGUUCAUGAGUUUGCAGCAUCGGGGUGCAGCUAUGAAAAAUAACACAGUAAAAUGUAAUCCCCAAAAGAAUACAAAGCAAAAAUGCAUUUGUCUUAAACUGUAGCAAAACAACUUGUUUUGGUUAAUCUGAUUGGGCGGCCGGGGGGUGCGGGGAGAGGACCUCUUAGAAGAUAUAUGCUUGCUCUAAGGAUUGAGAGAGAAAUUUUGAACCUUUUUCUCAGGGACACCAGGUCAGUAUACUAAUUAAUUGUUUAAAUUACAAAAAUUAUGACUCUCUUUAAAUUAAAAAAAAAAAUGUUUACAGCUCUGUCAUCUUUAGGGGUGCUUAGAGCUCCCUUAGGAAUCCUGCUACUGGCCCCUACCUUAUUACCUUGUUCUCUUGACUGCUAUUGUCUAGGCUUUAGUGCUGCAUUUACUGAACUGGGAGAGCAAUGCUCAGUACAAAUUUUAUUUGAAAAAAUUUGUAAAAUCCUAGAUAUUUGUGAACUUUCACGACUUCUUUACAGAGAUCUUUAAAUAGUGUGAAUGAUGGAGGAAAAAGGUCAUAACAUUUGUUUAAAUAAUAUUGUGAAAUGAAUCAGACUAUUGGAUGAUUACUGCUUGACCAGCUCUAGCAAUUGUAUCUGUUGUUUACUGCUUCUGCUAGGGCCUUGGGCAAGGAUGCAGGGCUUCUCCUGCUAGGGUCUCAAGUUUCAAUUUUUUUCCCAAUUGUUUAAAAUUAUUCCUUGGAAAAUAAUUGUCAAUGAAGCAAUUAAGCAAAUAGGAAAUAGCCAAGAUUACAAUCAUUGUUGCAUA